CAUUAAGCCCUUACUCCUAUCAUUUUCACAAACCACAUCUAAAUCAGACCUCAGUAUCAAACCUUACAAUGAAAGCCUUCAGUUCCAUCCUUAUCCUCCUAUUUGCCAUCUUCAGCCUCUGCGUCGCAGAACAGCACCCAGACAGGUUCCCCAAUCAAGAACAGGUCGACAAAGACAACUACGAGGCCGUGACCCUAGCUGCAGCCGAGAAGGGCGUCCAGCUCGAGCACGGCAAACGCUACGCCUUUCGCGAGAAAUGGGCCCCCGUCUACGGCGAAUACAGAUGUCUGCCCGACUACUCGCACGUCCGGCUCAUCGUCGGCCAGUUCUUCAACCUUAACACGCGCUCUGGACGGCAGGCUUUCUCCGGCAAAGCCUUCGAGAUGAUCAGCGACGAGGCAGAGACGAAGCUCGGGCAGACCCCCGUCGGUGGAAAGGUAGAGUCUCAGGUGACCGAGAAUUGGUGGGCGAACCACUAUUUCAACUACAAGAAGAAAGAAUGGGUGCGCGUUAGCAAGGACAAUAAGUACGAGUAUCUCGGGGAAACCACGGCGACGGAUGCGUAUAUCGAGAACCAAGGUCUGAAGUACGCUCGCGAUCACCCUAGUUACAAUAUCGUCUGGAACAACUGCAUGGUUUACACCACCGAGGUGUGGGACGAUAUCCACUGAGUGUUCAGUAUUCGUACAUUGCGAUGAUAUUGAUGUAUUGUUGGAUUCCUGGGUAUUUAGAAUUGAGUGCAUGUGGAAUGUGAUGUCUUUGCUGUCUGUUUUGUUACUGAAUCUUCAUAUCCGUACCAAUCAAGAUUUUGACUUGCUGCUCGCUCUGCUGGAUGAAUACUUCUCACCUCUACCUACCCUC